GACCGCAGUGCAAAUUGAAGAUUUUAUUAGGUCGACAUAACAAAAUGAACAACCACCCCAGAAUCUUCAUCGCUUAAUCGCCUGCACGCACGCGCACCUCCCCAUCGAGGCUAUAAACCCUCGAAACCCAUAUUCCAGCAAUUCUCUUUAGUACGCACUCUGUACGACCGUCAUAUUAGCACGCACUCUGUACGACCCUCAAAUCAUUUUAUUUCCUUUUUACUUUGUUUUGUCCAGAGCAAUAAUUAUGGCAGAAGUUGAUCAAAGUAUUGUCGAGCAUGAUGUGGAUCCAGCAGCAGUUCCUGGAUUGGAUGUUGCUGUAGAUCAUGGCUUGGAUCAUGCUGUGGAUCAUGAUGUAGAUCAUCCUGUGGAUUAUGGUCUGGAUCAUGCUGUUGAUGAUGUUGUGAAUCAUCCUGUUGAUCAGGGGUUGGAACAUGGUGUUGAUCACAGCUUGGAUCAAGCUACAGAUAGCUUUGCUGUAGAGCAUAAUGUCGAUCAUGCUGUAGAUCAGAAUGUGGAUCAUGCUAUAGAACAUGAUAUAGACCAUGCAGAAGAUCAUGUGCCUGAGAAUUUUCAGGCUCAAGAAAAACAAGGACAUGAUGAGGAUACAGUUGCUGGAGGCAGUGAAAAGAAGUGGCCUGGGUGGCCUGGGGAGAGUGUGUUCCGGAUGUUAGUUCCUGCACAAAAAGUUGGUAGUAUAAUUGGACGCAAAGGAGAGUUCAUUAAAAAAAUAGUUGAGGAGACAAGAGCUCGCAUUAAGAUACUAGAUGGUCCUCCAGGGACAACAGAAAGAGCUGUAAUGGUAUCUGCCAAGGAGGAACCCGAUUCUUCUCUACCUCCUGCCAUGGAUGGCCUUUUGAGGGUUCAUAAACGGAUUGUUGAUGGGUUGGAAGGUGAUUCUUCUCAUGUUCCCUCAGGCACAGGAAUCAAGGUUUCAACAAGGAUGCUGGUACCAGCCUCACAAGCAGGAAGUUUAAUUGGAAAACAAGGAGGAACUGUUAAAUCUAUUCAGGAAGCAUCUGGUUGUAUAGUUAGAGUUCUUGGAGCAGAAGACCUUCCUGUUUUUGCUCUUCAAGAUGAUAGAGUUGUUGAAGUAUUGGGGGAUCCAGCUGGUGUGCAUAAAGCAGUGGAGUUAAUUGCUUCUCAUCUAAGGAAGUUUCUAGUUGAUCGUAGUAUAAUUCCAUUAUUUGAAAUGCAUCAGAUGCAAAUGUCAAAUCAUCAGAUGGAGCACAUGCCGCCUCAUCAAUCAUGGGGUCCACCUCAAGGUCUUCCUCCAACUGCUGGUGGAGGUCCUGGUUUUGGACCUAAUCCUCAAUAUAUGCCGCCUCCACGGCAAAUUGAAAAUUACUAUCCUCCUACUGACUUGCUACCUCCAAUGGAAAAACAACCUCAUCAGGGUAUAUCUGCCUAUGGAAGAGAAGCUCCCAUGGGUGUUCAUGCAUCGUCGAAUUCCCAAGCAGCACCAUCUAUGAUCACACAGAUUACACAGCAAAUGCAAAUUCCAUUAUCUUAUGCUGAUGCUGUUAUUGGGACAGCUGGUGCAAGUAUAAGCUACAUUCGGCGUGCUAGUGGAGCAACUGUUACCAUACAAGAAACUAGAGGUGUUCCUGGGGAAAUGACAGUUGAAAUCAGUGGAACUGCAUCCCAAGUCCAAACAGCUCAGCAGUUGAUACAGAAUUUCAUGGCCGAAGCUGCAGCACCAACGCAAACGCAAACAGGUGGGUCCACAGACCAAGGAUAUAAUCCUUAUGCAGCUCAUGGUUCUGUGUAUGCAUCCCCCCCAACCAAUCCAGGACAUGCUGGGCAUACCGGAAGCUAUGGCUCAGUGUAUGGCACAAAUUAUGGGUACUAGGCAUAACACCUCCAAGUUAGUUUGGUGAUCAUUGAGGGUGUAAUGAUUUCUAACUUUGUUGGUAAAAUCAUCAAAUAAUUUUAUAAGACAUCUAUAAUGUUGUAUUUUUCUUUCUACUAGAUUCUUGCUUAGAUUAGAACUAGUCACAUAUGCUAGAUGUGUUGUGUGCAUUAGGCUAACCGUAGGGUUGCCAACACAAUAUUUUGAAUUUGCAUCUGACUUUGCUGGACGUGUUUCUAUAUAAAUGGUAUCAUAUUUGUUUUGCUCUCUCAA